UCUAUGUCGACGAGUGCGCCGCUGAGUGGUACGAGUACUGCGAGAUGUUUCAGGAGCGUGGCGAUGACAGGCCCUUCCCGGUGUACCCUUACGACCACGACUUUGUUAGAGAGCUGUGUGACCAGAACGACCGUGAGGGCAAGGAGGAGAGUGAUGCUGCCGCCGCUAGAAGCGUAGCGAGGUAG